AUGGAUAACGAAGAGGCGGGUUCGCUGGCUCCGCCGACAAGAGCUGCACACAUUGGAAAGAGAGCUCGCAAGAACAAAAGCGUCACCGUCUCUUUUGAUGAGAAGGAUCUCAGUGAUUUUGUGAAUGGUUUUCACAAGAGGAAGAAGAAGAGGAGAAAGGAAGCACAUAAGCAGCAGGAGGAAUCUAUGCGUAAAAAGCGUAUCGAGGCCCGUAGAAAGAGGAAAUUGGAAGAGCUCAUGGUCGCAGGUCAUGUUGAGGAAGCUGAAGAUGAAGAUGAGGAAGCUGAAGAGGAUGCAGAGAACGAAGAAGCAGAGCCUGAUGCUUCAACUACUGGCACGACAAUGUAUGAUACAGGGGAGCUGACAGUAACGGUGACGACAAGCGAGAUAUCUCGUGAAGAGGAUGAUAAGCCUGUUCGCAAGGAGAAGACCCAAUCAACAGAAGCAGGUUCCACGGCCAAAGCCCCAACAAAACAGCCUGUGCCUGUGAGGAAAACCAAACCAAUGAAGCAGAACAGGAGACACAAGUCAACCACCAAAACUAUGAAGAAAAGAGAUAAGAAGAAACAAGCGAGAGGAAUCAAGACUUCUCGGUAG